AUGAAAGAUAGUGGCAAAUACCAGUGUCAGACCUCAGACUCUUCACUCAGUGAUGCCGUCCAGCUGACUGUCUCUGAAGAGCUCUUUUCAACACCGGAGUUGAGGGUAGCUGGCUCAGCUAAAGCCAUAGAAGAAAGCCCACUGACCCUGCAAUGUGUCACACGGCUCAAUCCCCGGAAAUCAAACUCACAACUUCAGUACUCCUUCUACAAGAGCACCACGACUGUGAGAGAGCCAGCGAGCUCCCCCGAGUACCAGAUCCCAGAGGCAGGGCUGGCAGACUCAGGACUCUACUUUUGUGUGGUGCAGGCGGUGACCUCAAGUGUACAGAAACGGAGCCCCAAACUAGACAUCGAGGUUAAACGAGUCCCCGUCUCCGGAGUCACCCUGGGGGUGCAGCCCCGCAAUGGGCAGGUGGUGGCAGGGGAGGGACUGGUGCUGAGCUGCUCCGUGGCUGCGGGCACGGGGCCUCUCGCCUUCUCUUGGCACCGGGAGGGCUCUGGCCUGGCUCUGAGGACAGAGACUCUGCGCUUACGGAGGACGGACUACAAGAUCCCUGCUGCCAUGGAGAGCGAUGCCGGGGAGUAUUACUGCGCUGCCUCCAACAGUAACGACCCGGUCCUGAGCCCACGGGUGACGAUCACAGUGUGGGUCCCGGUGUCCCCCCCUGUCCUGACCCUUAGUGCAGAUGGCUUCUGGGCCGCCAUCGGAGAUGCAGUGGAGAUCCAAUGUGAGUCGCACCGGGGCUCAGCUCCUGUGGUCUAUCGGUUUCAUCACGAGGGAGCCCUGCUGGGAACCAGGACAGUCAGUGCCCAUGGGCCAGGGUCCAUCACCAUCAACCUGACAUCCGAGAGCGACUCUGGAGCCUACUCCUGCGAGGCUGACAAUGGUGUGGGUGACGGCCCCCAGCGCAGCGCCCCCUCCCACCUCGCUGUGCUAGUGCCGGUGGCUGGGGCCAACAUCACCACAGAUAAGCUGGAUCCAGUGCUCAUGGUGGGAGAAAGCCUGAAUCUCAGCUGCUGGGUGCAGGUGGGGACAGACCCAGUGUUCAGGUGGGUUCAUGACACUCAGGAGCUGGACGUGGCCUCAGAGCUGGGCCUGCUCUCUCCUGUGGGGAACGUCCUGUAUGUGGAGUCGGUGCAGCUGGGCCAUGCGGGGAAUUACCAGUGCAUCGCCAGCAACCAGCUCAGUCCCCAGAGAGUCUUCCUGGCCCCCAGCGAGAUUCUGGCCAUCACCGUGAGAGCAGACAUGAGUGCCCAGAUGGCUGCAAGUGCAUCUGUCACGGGUAUGAUAGUCGCCCUCCUGUGCUUGGUUGGUGCCAUAUUGGCUGCUGUGCUCUACAUCAGGUACCGGCAGAAAACAGAAGAGACAUUUUUCACUGCUCAGUGGAGGCGCUCUGUGAGCCCAGCACAGCAGGAGCUCCCUGCCCAGAGGCUGCCUCCCCCGGCUGCUGUGGGCUCCCUGGAGCUGGAGCCAGAGUAUGACAAUGUGUGUCCCCAGAAGCAGGAGAGUGGAGACGUGCUCUAUUCAGUUAUCAGCAUCAAGAAAGGAAACAGGGCGAAGCCCACAGGAACUGCUGAGAGGGAUAAUGGACACCUUGUCACCUAUGCUGUGCUCCCCAGCCCCAUGAUCCCCCGGGAUUCAGCCACCAGAGCGAGGGCAUCAGAAGCGAGAGACGAGCCCAUGAGCGACGUCUAUGAGAACGUUCCCCACCCGUAA